AGGAAAUGCCCGCAGGUGUCUCGAAGCAGCACUCUCUUGAAGGAAAGAAGAUCCUCGUCAAGCAGGAUGAUCCUGAGUACAUCAACCGUCCCAACAUCGAUGGUGCUAAGUACAUGAUCAAUGGAGAAAUCCGCAAAUGGGACGGAGCCAUCCAAACUGUUUAUUCCCCCAUCUUCCUGGAAGGGACGGAGGAGAAGGUUCAGAUUGGUUGCCAGGCGCGACUGACGCCAAAGGAGUCGUUGGAGGCACUCGAUGCUGCCGUUGCCGCAUGGGGGAACGGAGCGGGAGAGUGGCCGCAGAUGUCUUUGAGCAGCAGGAUCGCGUGCAUGGAGAAGUUCGUGGAGCUGUUGAAGCCGCAGCGCGAGAUCAUCGUGAAGGUUCUCAUGUGGGAGAUCUGCAAGGUUCGGCCGGAUGCCGAGAAGGAGUUUGAUAGGACAAUGGACUACAUCAACGCCACCAUCAAGGCUGCCAAGGAGCUUCACAAUGCAGAAAAUAACCUGACAGAAGAGUCGGGAAUUCUUGCAAUGAUCCGUCGCAAGCCUAUCGGAGUGAUGUUGAACUUGGGGCCAUUCAACUAUCCCUUCAACGAAACUUACACCACUCUGAUCCCCGCUAUCUUGAUGGGAAACACUUGCGUCAUGAAGCUCCCGAAUGUUGGCUGCCUAGCUCACAUCCCGACCAUGGAGGCGUUUGCCCAGUGCUUCCCUAAGGGAGUUGUCAACUUUAUCUCAGGAGCCGGACGCGAGACAAUGCCGCCCAUCAUGGAGACUGGCAAGGUUGACAUCUUCGCCUUCAUUGGAGGCUCCAAGGCAGCAGAUGCUCUCAUCAAGAACGUGCCCAACCCGCACAAGCUCAAACUUUGCCUUUCGCUCGAAGCCAAGAACGUAGCAAUCGUGAUGGAGGAUGCGGAUCUUGACAAUGCGGUUUCCGAGUGUGUUCUUGGCUCUCUCUCCUACAACGGGCAACGAUGCACUGCCCUGAAGCAGCUUAUGAUCCACACAAGCGUCAUGGACAAGUUCAUGGAGAAAUUCGUCGCUGCUGUUGGAAGCCUAAAGGCGGGUCUUCCCUGGGAGGAGGGAGUUCAAAUCACUCCUCUUCCUGAGCCCUCCAAGCCUGAGUACCUCGCCGAGCUUCGCGCUGACGCCAUGGAGAAGGGAGCAAACGUUGUCUCUCCCGGCGCAGCUCAGGGCUGGGGACACACCAUGGUCUUCCCGUCCAUCGUCUACCCUACCAACAUGGACAUGCGAGUCAUGCAAGAGGAGCAGUUCGGCCCUCUGGUCUCUGUCGGCACCUUCAGCUCCAUGGAAGAGAUCGCCGACUAUGUCAAGCAGUCCAAGUAUGGACAGCAGGCAGCCGUCUUCACCUCCUCCGAUGUCUCCAACCUCGGUCCCCUUCUUGACGUGCUGGUGAACUGCGUGUCGAGGGUUAAUGUCAACUCGCAGUGUCAGCGAAGCCCCGACAGCUUUCCCUUCACAGGUCGCAAGUCGUCAGCCCUCGGAACUCUUUCGGUCGUCGAGGCUCUCAAGCCCAUGAUUGUGGAGAGCCUGGUAGCGACAAAGGGGGAAGAAAGGAUUUCCCUCUUUAACAAGGUCAUCGACUCCAAGAGGUGCACCUUCCUUGACCUACAGAAGAUCUAAAAGUUCGCCGACCUGUCGGGACUUGUGUGCGAGUAGAUGAUAGUGUAAACAUGAGACAUCC